AUGGCUGAGACAAAGAAAAGUUCUACGACGACACGUGAUGGAGAUGUGGUGACGGAUAGUGCAAAUACUUGUGGAUGUUGGAGUAAGAGUAUGGAUGCUGAAGAUGAGAUGUCACCACUCAGUAGCACGCCAUCACCCUAUUAUCUACGGUUUGAAAGAAGGCUCUCUUCGUUUGAGACGUGGCCAACGCAAAUGAAUCAGACUGCUGAAGAGAUGGCCGAUGCAGGCUUUGUCUACACAGGGGGUGCCGAUGGCGUGUACUGUUUCCAAUGUGGCGUGCGGCUGAGACGAUGGGGGUCCCCUGACGAUCCUUGGGUGGAACACCACAAGUGGUCCCCGAACUGUGACUACCUCAGACUAACCGGCCUGGUGAAACACAAGAAGAAUGUGAAUCAGAGGAACACGAAUGGCGUAGCACGGCCGGAUGCCUAG